CGCUCGGUGAUGACCUCACGGUAAGCGGAAGUGAAGAGAGUUCCAGAAAGAGCUCGGGUGCGCGAGACACAACAACAAGAACUCCGAUAACAGUAACAGCAGCCAAACUUUAUAACGGACUCAGACGCCUAACUGACAGAAUCGUCAUCUUCGUGUGUUUAUUGAGUGUCCGUCAUGACGACCAUCGAUUACAGUGUGUGGGAUCAUAUCGAGGUGUCCGAUGAUGAAGACGACACACACCCGAACAUCGACACACCGAGCCUGUUCCGCUGGAGACACCAGGCUCGUGUGGAGCGGAUGGAGGCCUUCAUGAAGAAGGGAGAGGAGCUGGAGAAGAGUCUGGCAGAGAGCCGCAGGAAGCUGGCGGAGGCACAGCGGCGUGUUCAGGAGCUCUCCUCAGCGUCCACACCGGAGGCUAAAGCUGAUCUGACCAAAGCUCAGGAGGAGGAGAAGCAGCUGAAGAAGCAGGAGAGGUCGUGGGAGAAGAAGAUGCAGGAGCAUCGAACUGAGGAGAAGAAGAUGCCCUGGAACGUGGACACGCUCAGCAAGGAGGGCUUUAGUAAGAGCGUGGUCAACGUCAAGCCGGAGAAGGAGGAGACGGAGGAGGAGAAAGAGGAGAAACACAAAACUUUUGUGGAGAAAUAUGAGAAACAGAUCAAACACUUCGGGAUGCUGCGGCGCUGGGAUGACUCUCAGAAGUAUCUGUCUGACAAUCCUCACCUGGUCUGUGAGGAAACGGCGAAUUAUCUGGUCAUCAUGUGCAUCGAUCUGGAGGUGGAGGAGAAACACGCUCUCAUGGAGCAGGUGGCCCAUCAGACCAUUGUCAUGCAGUUCAUCCUGGAGCUCGCCAAGAGUCUGAAAGUCGAUCCACGUGGCUGCUUUCGCCAGUUCUUCGCCAAAAUCAAGACCGCAGACCAGCAGUAUCAGGACGCUUUCAAUGACGAGCUGGAGUCCUUUAAGGAGCGAGUGCGUGGUCGAGCCAAGAUCCGCAUCGAGAAAGCCAUGAAAGAGUACGAGGAGGAGGAGAAACAGAAGCGCCUGGGUCCCGGUGGACUGGAUCCGGUGGAGGUGUAUGAGACGCUGCCUCCGGAAAUGCAGAAGUGUUUCGACGAUAAAGACAUUCAGAUGCUGCAGGAUGCCAUCAGCAAAAUGGACCCGACGGAGGCCAAAUACCACAUGAAGCGCUGCAUCGACUCGGGAUUGUGGGUCCCUAACGCACGAGCGGACGAAGAGGGAGAUAAAGAGGAAGGCGAUGAGCCGCAGUAUGAGGAAGUUAAGAAAGAGGAUCAGUGACCCUGGGUGUGACACCUGACCCCGUCCUCACCCGUAACGGAGGUCAGAGCAGAUUCAGAGUUUGACCCCAGAGCCACCGUGAUGAAAUAAGUGCUGAAGACACUGGAGCAGAUCUUGAGCACGUCUCUCUCUUCCUCUGUACUCUCAUUAUCACUGUUUGUUAUUUAUGCAGUUGCCUGUAGACUCUCUCCCAGCGUUUCCGCUUUCUUACGCCAUCCUCCAGCUCAUCUAAAGUGAGAUUGUGUGUUUUGGGCUUGAUUGGCUAUUACUCACAUGUGAAUGAAGAUCUGCAGUAUUAUAGAUAGAGGAAAAAGUCCAGAUGAAUACUAAUAAUGAACUGAUUUAGUUGUCGGAUGCUGGUUUUGUGUCUUUUUGUUAAUAUUAUUCACACUGCUCUGUUAGUACUGUAUGUUCAGUUUGUUUCAGAAUAAAGAUGUAGGCUGAUGGGAAAUCUUA